AUUUGUGGAUUGCUACUCAAAUUUUAAUGAAGAUACAAUGGAGCCCAAACUCACAGUAAUUCAUUUCAUUAAAACCAAUAACUUAGACUGAAAACUAUGUGUUUGUAAUGUUAGGUGAACAAAAGGGCGCUGUAAUGGAAUUGCAAAAAUGUUUGCCAAAUCCUCUAAAAAGCCCAUGCGCAAAUCAUGCCUUGAAUCUUUCGAUUGCAAAAAGCAGCAUUCUCCAAGCAGUAAGAAAUACUGUAGGUAUACUGAAGGAAGUAAUUGCGUUCUUAAAAGCAUCCUCUAAAACAAAUACAGUAUUAAAAAGAAAACUAGACGGAUAUCAAAUUCAUAGUAUGUACGAAACACGAUGGACCUAGAGACACAAUUCUGUGCACCAAUUUGAAAGCAAAUUCGAGAAAAUUGUGG